UCCGCUUACGUUGCAGCCACUUCAACUGCAGCCGCGGAUUAGGCAUCACAGAGCCUUUUGUUCUAUUCUAGCCUCAAGAAUUCGUUCCUUUUUUCUUUUUUGCUCUUAACUUUCCACUUGCUCCUCAGAUAUGUGGGCACUGAAGUUCACCGUGUCGCCUGGAAUGAUCACAUUUUCAUAAUGGAGCCCAGGAGUGAAUCUAAAAAUGGAAAGCCGUGGCCAAAGGAGACAGCCGGGCAUUCACUACACCGGACACAACACAAGUUCAGCAGAAUGAUGAGCGACGGCAAUCAAGACCCUUUCAAGAGUGUCGGACGAAAGCCCGGCCUGCAGAUAUGGACCAUCAACAACAUGCAGAUGGUGCCUGUUCCGGCCCAGGGCUUUGGUAACUUCUUUGAGGGAGACUGUUACAUUAUUCUACAUGUAAGUGAGAGAAAGGGCUCGGGCCAGUCUGCCGACAUCCACUACUGGAUUGGAAACUCCUCCUCUCAGGAUGAGCAAGGUGCAGCAGCCAUCUACGUCACCCAGCUGGACGAGUUCCUGGGCGGGAGUCCGGUGCAGCACAGGGAGGUGCAGGGCAGCGAGUCUCCGCGAUUCAGGAGCUACUUCAAAAAUGGCCUCAUCUACAAGAAGGGCGGAGUGGCCUCGGGUUUUCACCACGUUGACACAAAUGCCUACAACAUCCUGCGAUUGCUGCACGUCAAAGGGAGGAAGCACGUCACAGCCACAGAGGUUGAGGUGUCCUGGAACAGCUUCAACAACGGCGACAUAUUUCUUCUGGAUAUGGGGAGAGCUAUAGUGCAGUGGAACGGCCCCAAGAGCAACACGAGAGAGAAGCUCAAGGCGGUGUUGUUGGCUCAGGACAUCCGUGACAGAGAGAGGGGAGGCCGCACUCAGAUCGGCGUGGUGGAGGGCGGAGAUGAGCGCGACUCCCCCGAGCUGAUGAAGGUCAUGGCGGCGGUGCUCGGCCAGAGGACCGGGCCGCUGAAGGAGGCCGUCGCUGAUGACAAACCGGACAAGGUGCAGAACACCAACGUCAGGCUGUACCAUGUUUUUGACAAUAGCGGGAAUCUAGUGGUUCAAGAGGUGGCCACGCAACCUCUAACGCAAGACCUGCUGCACUCCUCCGACUGCUACAUUGUGGACCAGAGUGGCUCCAGUGUGAUGGUGUGGAAAGGCAAACAGGCCUCCAAGGAAGAGCGACAUGAGGCUCUGAACAGGGCACUGGGCUACAUCAAAGCUAAGAACUACCCAUCCAGCACCACAGUGGAGGUGAUGAGCGAGGGAGGAGAGUCAGCAAUGUUCAAGUACCUGUUCAAAUCCUGGAGCGACAAGGGGCAAACCCAGGGUCUGGGUACCACCUACAGCAUGGGGAAGAUAGCUAAGGUUGACCAAGUGAAGUUCGACGUGAUGGAGCUCCAAGCACGUCCUGAACUGGCGGCACAGCAGCGCAUGGUGGACGAUGCAUCUGGAGAGGUUAAGGUGUGGCGCAUUGAGAACUUGGAGCUGGCCGAAGUGAACCCAAGUACCUACGGACAGUUCUACGGCGGAGACUGCUAUUUGGUGUUGUACACAUACCGAAGAUCAAACCAGCAGCAGUACAUACUGUACAUGUGGCAGGGCCGCCACGCCACCAACGAUGAGAUCACGGCGUGCGCCUACCAGGCGCUCGACGUUGAUAACAAAUACAAUGGAGCCCCGGUCCAGGUCAGGGUGGUGAUGGGGAAGGAGCCUCGCCACUUCCUGGCCAUUUUCAAAGGCAAACUCGUCAUCUUUGCGGGCGGCACAGGUCGUCCAGGCGUGGUGAACCCUGACCCUGACCCUGGUGCCAGGCUCUUCCAGCUGAGGGGCACUAAUGAGCUGAACACCAAGGCCACUGAGAUGCAGGCGAGGGCGUCGUCCCUAAACACCAAUGACGUGUUCCUGCUGAGGACCGAUCACUUGUGCUACCUGUGGUACGGAAAGGGCUGCAGUGGGGAUGAGAGGGUGAUGGGGAGAGCGGUGUCUGAUGUGCUGUCCAAACAGGACAAGCAGGUGGUGAUGGAGGGCCAGGAGCCAGCUGAAUUCUGGGUAGCUCUGGGAGGAAAGGCCCCCUAUGCCAGUGACAAGAGACUGCAGAAGGAGGAGCCUCCUCACAGCCCGCGGCUGUUUGAGUGCUCCAAUCAGACGGGUCAGUUCAGGAUGACCGAGGUGGACGACUUCGCCCAGAGUGACCUGGACGAGGAGGACGUCAUGCUGCUGGACACCUGGGAGGAGAUCUUCUUGUGGGUCGGAAACUCAGCCAACCAGCACGAGACCAAGGAGGCGUGGACCUGUGCGCAGGAGUACCUGAGGACCCACCCUGCGGGCCGUGACCCCGACACGCCCGUCAUCUGCGUCAAGCAGGGAUCUGAGCCGUCCACCUUCACCGGCUGGUACAAUGCAUGGGACCCUCACAAGUGGAGUGGAGGCAACUCCUAUGAGGAGAUGAAAAAAAAGAUGAGCGAUGCAGCGUCUCUCUCACAGAUCAGUGUUGACCAGACCAACACUUACCUGAGUAAGAGUCCUGUCGGGACGAAUGGGGGUGGUUACAGGGCUCCCGGAGGCCCUGUGACCUCCCCUUCACUCUACAGGGACCAUGGAGGUAAUCUGUCCCCCAGACCCUCUACUCCCACCAGUCCCUCCACCCAGAGACGCCAGUCCUCUCUGUCCUCGACCAUGUCCCCUUCCCCCAGCCUCUUUCCGUCGUCCCCAGCCGGGGGCAACGUGUCCCCCUCUGCUGGAGGCUCCGGGACGUUUCUGAACCCUGAGCUCCUCAUUGACAAGUCCCCCAGCGAGCUUCCGCACGGAGUGGACCCGGGCCAGAGAGAGGACUACCUGUCUGAUGUGGAUUUCGAGAACCUGCUCGGCACGGGCCGCUCAGACUUCCGGCGCCUGCCAAAGUGGAGACAAAGUGACCUGAAGAAAAAAGCAGGACUCUUCUGAGAAGGGCCUGCCGCUGGAUCACGCGGGAGUGUGAGGCCACAUUUCAGCUGUUGCUGGGAAAGACUGGGACUUUGUGCAGGCCAUAGUCAUUUCAUCUGAAUAUUUAUCUGGAGAUAAUCUUUUCAACCAUCAGCCAAGUUGUAGUGAUCAAAACAGCUGGGUAUAUAUAUAUAUAUAUAUAUAUAUAUAGCUUAACAUGAUUGUCUAAAUCCCAAAUUUCAUGGAUGUGACUUCACACUAAUUUAUACUAAAGAUUGUUCAGAUGUGCUUUACACUUUUAUCUAUAUUUUAAAUGUUUGCAUGUGAUCAGUGAUCAAGCUUUGUCACCAUACUAUUGUCAUUUGCUGUUGCCGAAUCACUCACAUUAUGAAAUAAAUACGCAAAAACCUAGAA